AUGGCCACCACUGAUGGGUUCGGGUCCCAGAGGGUCCGCCGGCUGGACAGCCUUGACGCCACUCGGGCCGAUCUCUACGGCGGUCCCAACGUCGUCAUGCCUCUCAAGCAUCUGAUAGCCUCGACCUCCGAACACGAUUUCACCAUUGCUUCACCAGUGACCUCCGACGAAGAAGUCUCCUCUGAAAACUCCCCUCAAAUCACCCCCAUGUCUACUCCUCCAAUGGUAACUAGCGAUGACUUUGCGCUAGCAUUCGACAUUGAUGGGGUCUUUGUUCGAGGCGGCAAGGCCAUCUCCCAGGCCCAUGAUGCCAUGAAAUAUAUCAAUGGUGAAAACCCCUACGGGAUCAAAGUUCCGUACAUUUUCCUGACCAAUGGCGGCGGCAAAACUGAGGAAGAACGAUGCAUCGAUCUCAGCCGCCAGAUUGAAUACGAGGUUUCCCCGGGGCAGUUCAUCUGCGGCCACACACCCAUGCGCGAAAUGGCAGAGCGAUACACCACGGUGCUGGUGGUUGGUGGCGAGGGUGAGAAGUGUCGGAUCGUGGCCGAGAGCUACGGAUUCAAAGACAUUGUCACCCCAGGAGACAUUAUCAAGACGCGACAGGAUACGACACCGUUCCGCAAACUGACAGACGAGGAGUACAACAACUCGCGGAUGCUCGAUUUGGAUAAUUUGCAAAUUGAAGCCAUCUUCGUCUUCGCCGACAGUCGCGAUUGGGCUGGCGAUCAGCAGAUCAUCCUGGACUGCCUGAUGACCAAGGAAGGACGGCUGGGCACACGGUCGGAGACUUUCGAUGAAGGCCCGCCCGUGUUCUUUUCGCACAACGACAUUGUGUGGUCUACGUCGCAUGAUUACUCGCGCAUCGGCAUGGGCGCGCUCCGCGCGUCGCUCGAGGCUCUCUACAAGGCCAUUGCCGGCAAGGAGCUCAACACCAUCGCCUUCGGCAAGCCCCAGAAGAGCACAUUCUUAUUUGCCACCCGCCUCCUCCAGGAGUGGCGUAGCCAGUCCCACCAGAUCAACAAACCGCCGUCCAUCAUUUACUUUUUCAACGACACCUCUGAUAUUGAAUGGUUCUCCAUCCUGGUCAAGACCGGUGUCUACCAGGAGAACACCAUUCCGCGAUUCACGCCCAAGCAUAUCUGCGACAAUAUCUACGAGGCAGUCAAGUUCGCGGUUGAGCGCGAAUACCAGAAACUUCUGAAGAACUCGAAGCCCGGCCAACUCGAAAAUCACACCACGGGUAAUGAAUUGAGAAACUAA